UCCACCGGGUUCGGUGAUAUUCACCCAGGUUACCCCAAAUGUUCGUGAGAUGUGCCUUCAUUGGCUCAGGACCCAACGACAUGGCGACAAUCAGUACUGUGGGAUUACACUUGGCCCACGUAUCCCCUGAGAGUAGUUGGCCGGCGUCUUGACUAUCGCUGGAUGUUUCCCACAAGUGGACCGCGGCUUGAAUGGAAUCCUCAUGUCCACUUUGUCCCCUCUCACUCUUCCGUGAUUAUCCCUCUCCUCCUAGGUUCCUACAAUGCCUCUCUCUAUUGCCCAUAGCAGGAGUGGUGACAUUUGGAAUCGUAUACGCUGGACAGGCGAACCCGUGGCAUGGGGGUCUGCUCCUGAUCCGCAACCGUUCGGCUCGCAUAACCUUUGAACUAGCACAGCCCAUUGCCAGAAAUAGUUAUUCUCAUUCCAUCUCCUUUGGUUUGUUUCGAAGGUGUCCACCCAGUGGUUCAUGUGCGCUCUUAUUUGCCUUCGUGCACACCGUCCGGACCCACUUGGUCAAUUUGGCCUCGAAGAUCCGGGACCGCGAUCACAGAUGGUCGACCUCCUUGGACGAGGGGCGCGCUGAUCCAAUCGUGGAAUCCAGAAUGGGGGGCAAGUCUCUAUCGAGCCUUUAGGGAUGUUAGUACCACGGGUGAUGAAAAAGUGCUCAGGGGUAUAUAAAGCAAAGCGAUGAUCACCCCCGUGGGCGCACCUUUCAAGCAUCCGUCAGUCGCUUGAACCUGGUCUUGUUCUUCUGUU